AUGAGCACCCCAAUACUCCAGGAGUACUUUGGUGAGGGAGAGCUCAAGAAAGACUUUCGCCUGUCCAGAGAAAGCGCCAACACACUUGUUCACACACUUGAGGGGCAGCACGACCAUGGUUGGGGAAAAGCACUAGAAGUAGGCAUUUUUCUUUACUGGCUUGCUAGUGCCACAUCAUACCGUGUGGUUUCUGAGGCCUUUGAUGUUCCCCAAACUACAGUCUAUGAUGUAGUCCAUCGCACUGCAGAAUGCAUAAUGGCCGUCUUCAAAAGAGUAGUUCAUUUUCCAUCCCCUGAAGAACUUGAAGCAAUUGGUGCUGGCUUCUGCCGCCUUGCAGGGCGUACCUGGCUAGUCCAUGAUGCUCGGGUGCUAAAGCUGAGUUCUGUCUAUGUGCAGCAGCUCUACCCUCCACCAGGCUGGUGCAUCCUGGGCGAUGGAGGUUAUCCAUGCCUGUCGUCCCCCAUCUGCCUAAUGACUCCUUUUAGAGAGCCAGUGCAGAACCCAGUACAAGCCAGGUACAACAGGCACUUGUCCAAAGCCAGAUCGGUGGUGGAGAGGUCAUUCGGGAUGAUGAAGACCCGAUGGCGAUCCAUCUUUUUCAAGGCUCUUGAGGUGAAGUUCACGUUUGCACCAGUGGUGGUGUCCUGCUGUGCAUUUCUGCACAACCUGUGCCUUUCCAAUGGUGACAUUGUAGAGUCAGCAGAGGGUGAACCAGAAGAGGAGCCUGGGGAAGCAGAGGCUGAGGAACACACUUCUGCAGCACAACCUGGAGACGGUCUUCGGGACAGACUGGCCGCUGCUGUGUCAGCCCCAGGUGCUGCCAUCUCAGCCCUACGGGAACAUGAUUAUUAAAAGGGGAAUAUUCAAAUAAGUUAUUUCAGUGAUUAGUUGUUUUGUUUGAUUAACUGGUUAAAUAUGUCAUCAAUCUAUUCAAUAUACUGCAAUCUGUUUUUUUCUUUUACCUCAAUUAAUACUAUUUAUAUACAUAUGAUUUAGGUUCAAAUGGUUUCAACUGUAAAUAAAUAACUGGCGUUUUAAAUGUCCUGCAUAAAGGAGAAUGUUACAUUAGUAAAAAUAUGA